AUGGAUCUAACGCAUGUACAGGUCGGUCUCGGUGCCAUGGGCAGUCCUAUGACCAAGAAUUUACAGGAGUUUCUCAAGGAAAAUAAGUACCCUUCAUUGGUUUUCUAUAACCGUACUUAUGAGAAGGGCAAAUUUCUCAGAGAUCUUGGUGCAACUCAAGUCGAGUCUAUUAGUGAUGUAGUUGCCAAGUCGGAUAUCACUUUCUUCAUGUUGUCCAGUGACGAUGCUAUUAUCCAGGCAGUCAAAGAAUCUGUUCUUCCUCUUGGACCCAAGCUCAAGGGAAAGAUUAUUGUUGACUGUGCUACUGUUCAUCCAGAUACUUCGAAACUGAAUCACGGGCUUGUGACCGAACAAGGAGCCACGUUCAUAUCCAGUCCUGUGUUUGGAGCUGCUCCGUUUGCAGCAGCCAAGAAACUGAUAUUUGUACCUGCUGGCAAUAAAGAGGCUGUAGAUAAGCUCGAACCAUUUGCCAUGUCCAUGGGCAAAAAGAUUUUCUAUGUCGGAGACGAUGUGACAAGAGCUGUGGCCAUGAAAAUCACCGGCAAUGUGUUCAUUGUAGGCCUGAUGGAGUUGGCUGGUGAGGUCCAAGUUCUCGGUGAAAAGGUCGGAGUGUCACCCGAACUCAUGACAGAAUGGGCCCAAGAGUUCGCUGGUCCUACAGUGGGGCUCUAUUUCCAGAAAAACAGCGGCGGGAUCUACGACCCCGGUGCCAAUGGCACUCCCUACUUCACGGUCCAGAACGGACUCAAAGAUUCUGGCCACGCCAUCAGUCUCGCCAAAGAACACGGAGUCAAACUCCCCACCCUCGACGUAGCCCGACAACAUCUCCACGAAGCGGAAAAACUCUCAGACGUCAAGAAAAACCUCGACGCCUCCUCAAUCUACGGCAUUCUCCGCACCCACGCCGGUCUCGACUUCGAGAACGACGCUGUCAAGAAACGCGAAGCUGGUGAAAACAAUUAG